GCGGCAAAGAUGGAACCAGGUGGAUCCUCCUCAAUCUCCUCUUGAGAGGCUCCGUCCCUAAAAGUAUGCAGUCUCAAUACACGCUGGAUUCUCCUAAGACAAAAAGCGCCAUGGGUCCUCCAAAACUAACGUACUUCUCGUUGAAAGGUGCUGGCGAAACAAUCCGUUUUAUUCUCUCGUACGCCAACGAAGAAUUUAUCGAUGAAAGAAUUGACUUUGUCAAGGAUUGGCCCAAGAUAAAACCAAGUAAGAUUUUAUUUUUCAAUCUGCCGAAAUAG